CCGCACCGCUGCUGAGCAAGAAAAUUUGGCUCUCUACCGGCAACAAUGACGCUCGCUAUCAUCCCGUCGGAGAAACUGAUGCUACAUGUGGAGCAAAGGAACCUUUCUGAGACCCCUGGUUAGCCACGGGAGUUUGGUAGAGCCCUCCAGUGAAGCUGCUUUGACCAACAACCACCACCACCAUGAGACUCACGUUGUCCUCGCUAUAUGCUGUGACGCUCUCGGUGCUAGUGGCUGGGGCAGAGCCCUCUGCAGGAGAGACGCUGCCACCACAGGGAAACGUCGAGAUCUCCUUGGUAUCCACAUGGACGGAGACGCCGUUCAAGCUCAACGUGCUCGAGGCGGUUGCGUCGAUCAACGAGUCCCUCUACGAGCCGCUUGUUCUCAGACUGAUGAACAUCGAACACGGUGAGAGGGCCGAGGACCUUGUCUACGACGAGGACGCCGAUGAGAUAUCUGACACCGAGUUCUACCGGUACGCAUUGUCGUUGCUACCUUCAACAAUGGACCAGGCUCUGGCAGACUUGGACAUCUCCAACAAGAUCAUGACUCCGAGAAUUCAGGCACACUACCAGUACUACCAGUCGCAGAUCAAGGCGGCACACACCUGCGAGGAAGACGUGGUUCUAUUCGACUCCUUCGGCGAAGAGUUCUAUUGCGAUCAGGACGCAGCGUUCAUGUUGCGUACUGCAGACUACACGAUGAUCUUUGAGGAUUUCAGCUUCCCCUUCGACCGCUUGAUCGGAUCCCCAUCUAACUCUGCAGUAGUUUACGUCAUCUACGGUGACUACAACAGCAAGUAUUUCAGAGCCAUGUUCUACAACAUGUACCACUCGGUGAAUGCGAAGAAAUUCAACUUGGUGUGGAGAUAUGUUCCUACCCAAGCUGCCUCCAAAAAGCCUGAAACUCUUUCUGCUUACGGAGUGGCGUUAAACUUGAAAAGAACUGACUACAUCGCGAUCGACGAUAGAGGCUUUUCAGAGGAGCAACAGAAGAAUUUGGAGUUUGGUAAGGAUGGAAACGCUGAUAUCCAAGAGCAGGGUGAUUUGGACCCAUCUGGACUCUUUGACGCCCAAUAUUCCGACAUUCAAGCUGUAAAAGAAGAGGACAUCCAAACGCUCGGUCUUAAAGUGACAAAGUUUAUCAACGAUUCGAAAAACAAACUGUUCGAUCUCAGAAAAUUAUUGGCAGAGUUUCCAAAGUACGCCUACUCUGUGUCACAGCUAGAGUAUGCCGACGAAGACCUCAUCGAUGUAGAGCUCACAGCUGAGGAAUCGUAUAAGACUUUUAUUCCUACAGGUAUUUACAUCAACAAUGCUAUUAUUGCGGCAGAUAAGACCGAUCUUUUUGAAAUACUGAGAACAAUCAAAAGGGAGCUGUCCUUCACAAAGAUGUUCGAGACCAUCGGACUACCAUAUGAAACCUCAAAGGAUGUAAUGAUCUAUUUUUCAAGGUUAAUGUUGGACCUCUUCCAGAGUCCUUCUAGGAGAUACGACUUUUCCAAAUUUUCGAAAACAAUCGUCUACUUGAAUGAUAUCGAGAUAGAUCAAAGGUACUCCAGUUUUGCUUCAGCGCGGGAAGCUUAUCAAAGCAAACCUGCCGCAGGUCAACUUCCACGUGCAAAAGAAAACAUCCAUGAAAUGAUCUUUGCUAUAGAUUUAACCAACCCGGUUCAAUUGCAAUACCUUUUGACUUUUGCAGAACAAGUCAUCUCUCAAAACAUCCCCAUCAAAAUUGGUGUUAUUCCAUUCUUGGAAACUUCAGCAUGGAACGAUCGUGCCGUGAGUAAGUUGUUCGGCACCUACCAUGAACUCGGUGCGCUUCAAACCUUCAACUACUUAAGAAUGUUGAACAGGUUUGUCAAUUCUAAUGAGCCUUUGACAUUACUUUCUUUCAGAGCUUUGGAUUUCCCAUACUUGGACGACUCUCUUCAAUACAGAUACACUGACAAUUUAGCAAACAUCUACUCCACGUUUGGCCUUUCAAAAGAGUAUCCUCUGAUUAUCUCCAACGGAAUAAUAUACAAUUUCAACGAAAUUGAUUCAGCUUUAAACCAGGUCUUUGAAGAUAUGAGCAUCCUUCACGGAUCCUUACGUAGCAAGAAGAUCCCUGAGAAUAUGAAACUCUCAACGUUCUUGAAAAAGAAUGCUGUUAAGAUUAGAAAUAGCGCUUUGAUUCCUGACACGAUCUCCCAGUACAAAGAUAAAUUUAUUCAACCUCCAAGCUUUGUCUCCUUCAAACAUUGGCAAACUGUCGAUUUCUUGAGAGUGGUGAAGGAGCCAUAUAGAAAUGAAGCACUUGUUACUUUGAACUUGAUGGGUUCACUCAUGGACCCAGACUAUGUCCAGCAAGUUAUUGAGCUUUUAAAGUUCUCUUCCAAAGCAAAGGGUGUCAAAAUUGUUGUAUCAGAUAUUCAUGCGACUACUGCUUUUAAGGAGCUGAUCGAAUUACCAACUGUCGAUGAACAGCUACAGUUCUUGAUGAAACUUUCAUCUACCAGUAUCAAUGAUGAUUUCCAAGUCAGGGAUACUCAUACAGUCAUUAGAGACAUGUUCAAAAUUAACUACAGACUUACCACAGAUAUCAAGCUGGUGAUUGCUGGAAGAAAAAUUCCAGUGGAAAAGAUAUUAACAAGUGAUAUCAUUUCAUCUAUAGUACAAUUUGAACGCUCAUCGCGUCUGACAGGUUUGAAACAAUUGUACAAAACUUAUGCACCUGAUAUCACAUACAAAGAUGCCUUUGAUAAUUUUGAGCUGUUUUCUUGGAUGGUCUCUUACUCAUACUUUUUCCCAGCUUCCGAGUAUUAUCUGGCAGAUUCGUUGCCCCGUAUAUCCACUGAGCUGCUUCCUAUAAAGAAUAGCAUUCAUAGUGACGUUGAAAAUGAAUUGCUCAACGUUAAAAUAGUUUUGGAUCCUGUUUCAGAAACUGCGCAAGAGCUUGUUUCUUUUAUACCUAUUUUUGAAAAACUUCCGUUCUUGUCGCUGCAUGUUCAUCUCAGACCAAAUCCAUCGAUGAAAGAAAUACCAGUCAAGAGAUUCUACAAGAGUUUGAUCAACACAUUACCAUUAAACGCCGAGAAAAAUAUUGUCUUUGAAGACGUUCCAGAGAAAACUUUAUUUAAUGUUGGCUUGAAGACGACACAAAGAUGGAUGGUGGCAAUUAAAGAGGCUUCCACAGACUUGGAUAACUUAAAACUUGACCUCACCAAUACUUACUCUGCAUACGGUGAGUUUAUCUUAAGGAAUAUUCUCCUUGAAGGUUACGCUACAUAUUUUGAAGGAUCUAAGUCGUAUCCUCCAGCAGCAUUGCCAAUUGAACUUAUCGGUGAGACAAAUUCUGAUACCAAUAUUAUGGCCAAUUUUGGUUACUUUCAAUUGAAGGCCAAUCCAGGUAUGUGGAAAUUGCAAAUCAAAGAACGUACCAAAGGUGCCGAAAUUUUCAAUUUACCUGAGCCUUUAAGCAUUGGUAUCGUUGAUUUGGAUGGUACAGUUGUUAGACCGGUAUUUGAAAAGAACUGGGGUAUGGAAACUGUUAAUUUGGUUGAGCCUAUUUCUGGUCCUGCAGAGGAAGAAAAUUUGUUUACCAGCAUAUAUUUGAAAGGAAAAGAGCUUUUCAAUAACUUUUUUACAGAACGGAAACAGCAGGCGGACAUAAAUAUUUUCACGGUGGCUUCAGGACAUUUGUAUGAAAGAUUCUUAGGCAUUAUGAUUUCGUCUGUGAUGAAACAAACGACCCACACUGUCAAGUUCUGGUUGAUUGAAAACUACAUGUCUCCAGACUUUAAAAAGCAUUUACCAGUACUCGCAGAACAUUAUGGAUUUGAAUACGAGUUAGUCAUGUACAACUGGCCAAUUUGGUUAGCCGGACAACGUGAAAGACAACGUACAAUUUGGGGAUACAAAAUCUUAUUUUUGGAUGUUUUAUUUCCACAGGAUUUAGACAAGAUCAUUUUCGUUGACUCCGACCAGAUCAUAAGAACAGAUCUGAAGGAGCUAGUAGAUGAAGACCUAGAGGGCGCACCUUAUGGUUAUACCCCAAUGUGCGAUUCUAGAAAAGAGAUGGAAGGGUUUCGUUUUUGGAAAAAAGGCUACUGGGAGACUUUCCUUGGUGAUGAGUAUAAGUACCAUAUUAGCGCGCUAUAUGUUGUCGAUUUGAUCAGAUUUAGACAGAUUGCCGCUGGAGAUAUCCUGAGACAUCAUUACCAGCAGCUUUCAUAUGAUCCAAACUCCUUGAGCAACUUGGAUCAAGAUCUUCCAAACAAUCUCCAGAGAAAUAUCCCAAUUCAUUCGCUUUCUCAAGAAUGGCUAUGGUGUGAGACCUGGUGCAGUGAUGAAUCGCUCAAAGACGCCAAGACGAUUGAUUUGUGCAACAACCCACUUACAAAAGAACCAAAGCUUGAUAGAGCCAGAAGGCAGAUAAAAGAGUGGACGGAAUUGGACAACGAAGUGUCAAAUCUUAUUGCAGGCAGGAAAAACCAGCCAAACUCAGAUUUGGAGCAUGAUGAGCUUUGAUUCCUCUCUUGCGCUUUGCAGCACCUUCACAUUAUUAUGAAAUUCUAACUGUUUAUAGACGUUUAUGCAUUCAAUGUGUUUUUCACACAC